GGAUUUGGUUCUUGUUUUUUUUUCUUGUAGCCGGUUACUCGUAACCAGUGUUUAUGUUAGCUUAAAACUCUUGUUACUAAACAUCUUGUUUUAUUUAUCGUUAAUUAUGAUAAAAGCUAUCCUUGUUUUCAAUAAUUAUGGUAAACCACGUUUAACCAAAUUCUAUCAUCACUAUGCUGAAGAUGUACAGCAAAACAUAAUACGUGAAACAUUCCAAUUAGUAUCCAAACGGGACGAUUCUGUGGUGUGCAAUUUCCUGGAGGGAGGAAGCUUGAUCGGCGGCUCUGAUUAUCGAUUAAUUUAUCGUCAUUACGCUACACUUUAUUUUGUUUUUUGUGUUGAUUCGUCUGAAAGUGAAUUGGGCAUUCUCGAUUUAAUUCAGGUUUUUGUUGAAACAUUAGAUAAAUGUUUUGAAAACGUUUGUGAGCUUGAUCUAAUUUUCCAUGUUGACAAGGUUCAUCAUAUUCUAAAUGAAUUGGUAAUGGGAGGUAUGGUUCUGGAAACCAACGCAAACGAGAUUCUACUGAGAAUUGAGGAGCAAAACAAAUUAGAAAAACAAGAGGCUGGACUUUCUACGGCACCGGCAAGAGCAGUUUCAGCCGUUAAAAAUAUGAAUAUACCUCAGCAGAUAAAGGAUAUGAAAUUACCUGAUCUGCCAAAUAUUGGCGGAUUGAAGUUUUAAUUUUUCUUACUUAACUUAUAAUUGCUGAAACAAUGGCUAAAGAUUACAUUAAAUUAAGUGGCUUGGCACAUUGGGGAUGAUUGAUAUUAAUUCAUAAUAAAACAUUUUAUUUUGCUACGAUUUA